ACUACUAGUCAGCGCCUGCAGCGGUAAUCGGACAACUCUCUCCGUUCUCCCCGGACCAGACUGGACCGGCCCUGCUGAGGUACCGCGCUGGCGGCAGAGUGGGGGUACGCUCCAUGGCUUCCCAGGCUUUCAAUGAAAAAGAAAAAAGGCGGCUUAUAAAGUUUCAUCUCCGUCCAACAAUCAUGCCGGAGAUUCUGGAAGGAGAACUAUUUUAGAACUUUGCUGCUGGAUCUUUUUUAUAAAGAUUUUUUUGUGUUUUUAAAGAAGGGAUAAAAAGAGGAUUCGAGGAUAAUUUUUGUGGAGCGGGCCGGAAGAGGAGUUGCAGGGCGCUGGGAGGGAGGACUUGAGGGCAUCUCGGUGGCAGGUCUAUGGAAAUGCAGGAUCUCGCCAGUCCUCACAGUCGAGUAAGUGGAAGUAGCGAAUCUCCUACCGGUGCCAACCUUGACAACUCCCACAUCCAUAACAACAAUUCCAUGACACCCAAUGGCACUGAAGGUGACAGCAUCACAAUGCUCACCACUGCAGACUGGUUGUUAGGUUCUAACUCGCAAUCUGCCUCAGUUAAAAGUGAGCCAAUGAGCAGCAGCGACAUUGCCGCCUCAGUAGCAGACACGUCACUGGACAGCUUUUCCGGAUCAGCUAUUGGAAGCAGUGGCUUCAGCCCAAGACAAACGCACCAGUACUCCCCGCAGAUUUACCCUUCCAACAGGACGUAUCCGCAUAUUCUUCCGACCCCUUCGUCCCAAAAUAUGGCCGCGUACGGGCAGACGCAGUACACCACAGGAAUGCAGCAGGCCGCGGCUUACGCUAGCUACCCCCAGCCUGGCCAGCCCUAUGGCAUCCCAGCUUACGGUCCAUUGUGGGCAGGCAUCAAGACGGAAAGCGGCCUGAGCCAGUCGCAGUCACCUGGCCAGACGGGCUUCCUCGGCUACGGCUCGGGCUUCAGCACACCACAGACGGGGCAGGCGCCGUACAGCUACCAAAUGCAGGGUGGUACUUUCACAACAACGUCUGGAUUAUACAACAACAACUCCCUGACGAACUCGACGGGCUUUAACAGCACGCAACAGGAGUACCCUGGCUAUCCUGCUUUCGGCCAGGGUCAGUACGCACAGUAUUACAACAGUUCGCCCUACACGUCGCCCUACAUGACAAGCAACAACACCAGCCCCAACACGCCUUCAACCACUACUACUUAUACGCUGCAGGAGCCCCCGGCUGCUAUCACUAGCCAGGCCUUGACGGACAAUCCUGCAGCGGAGUACAGUACCAUCCACAGUCCAUCAACCCCCAUUAAAGAUUCAGAUUCGGAUCGAUUGCGCCGAGCCUCGGAUGGAAAGUCACGUGGUCGGGGCAGGAGGAACAACAACCCGUCGCCGCCGCCCGACUCCGACCUUGAGCGAGUAUUCAUCUGGGAUCUGGAUGAAACAAUCAUCGUUUUCCAUUCCUUGCUCACGGGCUCCUACGCCAACAGAUAUGGACGGGACCCGCCAUCGUCGGUAUCAUUAGGACUACGAAUGGAAGAAAUGAUCUUCAACUUGGCCGACACGCAUUUAUUCUUUAACGACUUAGAGGAAUGUGACCAGGUACAUAUCGACGACGUCUCUUCGGAUGACAACGGUCAGGAUUUAAGCACGUACAAUUUCGGCGCCGACGGCUUCCACGCGGCGGCCACCAGCGCCAACCUCUGCCUAGCCACAGGUGUGCGCGGAGGCGUGGACUGGAUGAGAAAGUUGGCCUUCCGCUACAGACGAGUGAAAGAAAUCUACACCACUUACAAAAAUAACGUCGGAGGUCUCCUGGGCCCGGCCAAGAGGGAAGCCUGGUUGCAAUUGCGAGCAGAAAUUGAAGCCUUGACGGACUCCUGGUUAACACUGGCACUGAAAGCACUAACGUUAAUCCACUCAAGGUCCAACUGCGUGAACAUCCUAGUAACUACCACGCAACUGAUCCCAGCUUUGGCCAAAGUUCUGCUCUACGGCCUGGGCAUCGUCUUUCCUAUUGAAAAUAUUUAUAGCGCAACUAAAAUAGGUAAGGAGAGCUGCUUCGAGAGAGUCGUCCAGAGGUUCGGCAGGAAAGUUGUUUACAUUGUAGUCGGAGACGGUGUGGAAGAGGAGCAAGGCUCCAAAAAGCACAACAUGCCCUUUUGGAGAAUCUCCAGCCACUCGGACCUCAUGGCCCUUCACCACGCUCUCGACCUGGAGUACCUGUAGCAACCUCCACCACUCUCUGGCUUCCGCCUUUUCCGGAUCCCGCUUCGCUCGGUUCCGGCCGCGGGGAAACCCCGACACAAAAGGCCCGUUGUGCUACCUGUGGCGUCUCAUCUUCCAAGAGAAGAGGAGAACGGUCAAUGUGCUGACGUUUUGUCACACUUUGUCUUAACGUUUUUUGUUUUUUUUUUGUUCAUCGUCGUCCCGAGAGGUGAAUUUUACAGCUGUGGUUACUGUGAAAAUGGACUUCCUGGACCGGGUUCGUGUUCACGCCCUGUGAGGAUGCCCGCUUCCUCCUUCCCCAACACCUCCCCACCAGCGCUUCUUAUUUAUGAACUCAGUAAGAAGGCGAAAAAAGACUCGUUCCUGAGGAAUUUUUGGGCUUUUCUAAUUUAAGAAAAAUGACAAAAAACUUUAUUUACUGAGACAAUCCUGUACAGAGGUGGCUUGUUUUGUUUUGUUUUUUCUUUUUUUUUUUUUUUUGUGCGUGUGUAAAAGUUUGUAAUCACUGGACUAUUCCUUCCUUAUAUCCAUGUGCUCUUGAAAAAGAAGAAAAAUGUGGCUUUUUUAUUGAACAAAAAAGCUCACAAAAGUGUUGAUGAUGUGUUCCAAGUUUGUUAAGUAAAGGAAAUAUGUAGAUAAAUGCAUUUUGAGUGUGUUUUGUCAAGAGAAAAUAUGAACUCAUGGUCCAUGGAGUUCCUUUUGAGUCAUUGGCUACCAUUAACGGCGAUAGACGUACAGUCCAUUUUAACUAGAAGGGCUGGCAGCGUCUAUCGCCGUCAAUGGUAGCUAAUGCAAUACAGUGCUUAACCCCUUCAGACCUAAUCAUGCUGCUGAAGGACAUGACGCGUUCACGUCUCUAAACCAAUAAAUACACUGAAUUUAGUUACUAUUGCCAUUUCUGGGAGAUUGGAUGAAAAAUCAAACCAUGAGGUUUUGCACGCCCUCUUUGCUAUUUUUGGCUCUUUGAAAAUGGCUGAACAAAAGCAACUUCAAAAAGGAUAACGUAAAGUGCUCAUUUGUAACCAAAAACACAUUAACAUUAAAAAUAGCCAAUAAAAACAUGAAAUAGCCCCGACCAAAAAAUUGCACUUUGUUCUGGUGUUUGAGUAGAGUAAAAAUCAGGGCAGAUUUUUUGUUUUGCCCGGCAGAAAAAAUAUGGGUCUGAAGGGGUUAAAUUGACAAGGGUGUAGCAAGAAUAUUUGGGAAAAGUGAAAACCU